AUGGAGGCUUUCCUCUUAGUGGCGGCCAUUGUUUCGGCUUGCCUCUCUUUUGUAGCCGCGUCGCCGAUCGAGAAGCGAGAACUCGGUGGUGUUCUCAUUUGCAAUGGGGCCAAUGCUACAGGCCAUUGCACGCACGAUGUCUAUGCCAUGGACACCUGCUACAACAUGACCGUCGAGUUCAUCCACAAUGCCGCCACCUUUGCGCCUGAUGGCGAGAAUUUCUACUGCUUCCCUUACCUGUAUCCCUGCGGUGGUCUUUGCACCUCGCCAACUGGCUGCACCUUUGGCUCGGUCGACUUCAAUUACACCAACAAGUACAACCUCAGCGCCAUCGGCUGGGACAAGUACAUUGAGAGUUUCGAGUGCCACAUCCGACAGCCAACAGACCAAAUCAGCUCUUAUUAA